CAGAGCACACUACACGGACAUGGCCAUGAUCGAGAACAUCGAACAAAACAAUGGGGUCAAUGCUGCAAAAUCAGAUGCUCGGACAGUUUGGAUUGGUCUGAACAGAGUGCCGUGGGUUUGGUCUGACAAAUCCCAAAGCUCCUUCAUGCACUGGAAUGUUCGUCAACCAAAUAACUAUCUUAAUAACCAGUUCUGUGUUGCAGAGAACGAGCAACAUACAUGGAAUGACGAUGCCUGUGAAAUUGAGCGUCCUUUCAUCUGCCAUCAAGUUUCAAGACUGAGGAGAGUGGUGAGGGUGAAACUUCAGACUGAUGCCGACAUCUCCGAUCCAGCUAUUAGCACCCAGAUCCUCCAGAAGCUCAGUGCAGCGCUGGCAAGUCAGGGAUGGACUGACGUCAAUCUGAAAUGGAGAAUUGAACCCAAGAAGCUAGCUGAAGCUGGAGUGCAAAGCAAAGAGACAGGAAGGCAGCCAAACGGCAAAGGACCACCGGGAAAAAACAAUUAAGGCCCGAGUACUUGGACAUGAGGCUCAACAUGACAUUGUUCACAAAAAAAGAGACUUACUGUGCGUAGUUAGGUCGUGAAGUUACUCCUCAAUGUUCACGACUGUGCAGUUAGAUUUUAGUCUGAAUGAAUCAUUGCUUCUGAAAGAUGCAUCUUUUCUUUUUCAUUUACAGUGUGAAUGAAUUUCCUUUAGAGAGCAGCAUGUUUGUAAAUCAUAUGACUGAAUCAUAAAUCGGAUGUAAAUAUCAGAUUAACUCGGGGGAAAUCAAAGGCAAAUGCAGUGACACUACUUAUCCAUUUACAUUUUAUUUUACUGGUUUGAAUAGUAAAUAGUCUCUUGAAGAUUUGCUUGCUCACCUCCUGUUUUGGUGAGUCACAUAUCGAUGUAAACUGAGGGUAUCCACAUGUCAGUGUCAUGACUAAGAAAGCUGGUUAUGUUUAAGUUGUUUUGUGUCAAUGUUGCCUUGUGGUUUCCGGUUUUAUUUUAAAAUUUUCCCAUCCUCUCGUUUCAGAUA